AUGGACGGCCAUUUCGCCCUGCCCAGCGGAGACAAACAGACUUCGUGCAGCUGCCUGGGAGGACGACUCCUGAACCCAUCCAUGACUCACUUGGAAUUCACAGCGACUUAUGGCCACAUCAUGGGCGCCUCGCGAGCGCUUGAUGUCCGCGAGCGCUUGACCGACUUGGAUUCGCAGGCGCCUUUCGAAGAGAUCCACUUGGACGUCUCUUCCUACGGCUCACACGGACCAAACGUCUCACCCCUGCAACAGCUCCUACACCCCCUGCAGCGCAGACUGGCGCGGCGGACGCGAGUUUGGUUGCAGCAGGGCGUGUUCAGCUUCGCCUCCUUGGCAGAGCUUUUGCAGAGCUGCUAUCAACAGCUUUUGGCCAAAGCAAGACGAGAAGGGUGGCUGCUGGAGGAGCUCUCGGUGCUGCCCCGCCUGACAGGCGAAGGUCGAUGCCGGAUGGAAGGUGCUUGCAUCGAGGACUAUGUGGCGCUCGGCGGCACCUUCGAUCGCUUACACGAAGGCCACAAGGUGCUCCUGAGUUGUGCAGCCGCGAUGGCCACUCGAGGUUUGGUGGUUGGAAUCUCUGGAGAGCCCUUGCUGCGCGAGAAGGCCUCUGCGAGUCUCCUGCAGAGUUGGGGCGAGCGUGCGCGGGAGGUAGCAGCGUUCCUUGCACUGCAGCAGCCCAUGCUCUCAGUGCGGCUGGAGGAGCUGCAAGAUCCCUUUGGCCCAUCUCUGUGGCCUCAGUUGAGAGCCUUGGUCGUUUCGGUUGAAACCGCCACGGGCGCGCAGAGCAUCAACGUGGAGCGGCGCCGCCUAGGGCGGACGGAUCUGGAGAUUUGGGUGGUGCCCUUGGUGGGAGGACAAGGCGAAGGGAAGUUGAGCAGCAGCGGUUUGCGCACGGACGCUGAGCUGCUCAUGGCAUUUGAUGAGUGCUGGGCACGUGCGCAGCCGGAUCUUUCAGGAGCUGGCAGCGGAGGACGCUGGGCCAAGUUGGUUCCCACUCUAGCGAAGAUCGCUGGAAGAGAACUGCUGGAAAGGCCCGAGCGCCAGCGCCAGCGCUGCCUGCAGCGCCUCACCGAGCCGCUGGACCCCGAGACCGGCCUGGCUAGGUGCCUGGAGCUGCUCAGUGUGGCAGUUGGUGGACAAACUCUGGAACUUUUGAAGGUCCUAGCAGAUGAGUUGCACUGGUCCGAGGAUCGAGUGCCUCGGCAUGCCAAUAUGCACUGGGUCAGGGCGGAAGCGCUUCAAAUCCUAGGAGCAGGGGAUUCGAAGAAAGCUGACCGCACCAUGCUCCCGCAUUUGAAAAAGGGCUGCGUCAGCGCAAAGCGGGCUGGCGUCCACCAGGUGAUUGUGCAGAAGUUGAGCGUCUUGAAAUUCCUUGGCACUGCAGUGCCUGUUGCCAUGCAAGACCCGAAUCUCCCGGCGGAGCGCAUCGGGGACCUUUGCAGGCUUGCGAUACAGAAGAAGCUCACCAAGGAGCUGGAGGUCCAGUUCUCCGAGAAGGCUGACAUUCCACAAGAGGAGUCUUUGCUCUUGGAGGAUCUGCAAGAUCAUGAUGCUCCAGCCAUUUGGGUGUGCAACGGCCGACGGAUCGAUCUGGAGGCAGGAGGCGCUCCGAUCUCCGCGCGACAUGUCCAUGCGCUGGAGCUUCUUGAGGGCCAAUACGAUCUCUCGAAAAGCGCCAGCGAUGACGAGAGCGAAGAGGCCCAGGAGGAAGAGGCCAAGGCCUUGUCUCAAUGGCUGGAGAUCGACGGAAACGAGAGCACCGGGAGCCUGCCAGCGAGCGUCUACGGCCUGGUGGCGGCGAUCCGCUCUGAGGUUCUGUCACAUGCCAAGCAUGACAGGUUUACUCAGCCUGCGAAGAUCUUCAAACGGGCACCACCAGCCUUCAGGGUGAAGAUUCCACCGGCACAGCCGGAGGGUGCAUCACCCAUCACGGUCUAUGGCAUUUUGGAUCCGCUGAGUACCACGGCGCAAAGCGCCUCAGCAGCCCUGGCGCUCUUUGGGAUGGCCUUCAAUGCCGAGGUGAACUUGGUCUUGAACCCGCCGAUGCAGGUGGAGGAGUAUCCCCUCAAGCGCUACUACCGGGAGGUAGUCCGCUGGCCGGAAAGAUUGGCCGAUGGACGGCUUCUGGCGGAGGUGGCGCAGGAAGCCAACCAGCAGGUCGGUCGAGGCCUGGCAGAGUUCACCCUGGCCACGCAGCACACGCUGACGGCGGCGGUCCACGCCUUGCCCACCUGGCUCGUGACGGCUCACGAGGCGUUGCACGACAUGGACAACCUGCGGCCAGUAGACGUGCUAAGCAAAGGGGGUCAUUGCCAGACCACGUAUGCUUUGCGACAGCUGUACGUGGAGGGGCAAGCAAUGAUCCUGGGUGCACAGGGUUGGCCCAUCGCCACUGCCAAGGGCAUGCAGUUUGAGAUCACUGGCAAGGGCGCUUUGGAGGCAUCCGACGACACCAUCGUCAUGGGCAACUUGGGAUACUUUCAGGUACGUGGCGACCCUGGACUUUACAAAGCCUCCUUGAAGUCCGGCCCCUCCAACGAGACCUUUGAAUUGGUGACGAGGAAUGACCUGGAGGCCUUCCGGGAAGAUUGCGCGCGGAUUUGGGGGAAUCUCUAUGACUACUCCACCGCCAAGUAUCAAGACAACCACACCCCUGUGCUCAUCCGGUGCCCGCUGCACGGCAUCUUUCGGAUGAGGCCACGGGACCAUCUGCAACGGCGUUUGGGGUGCCCCAAGUGCGGAAGUUCGGUUCCUGGAUCUGUGCACGACACUGCAGCCACCUUGGCACGUGCGCCUUCGGAGACCGCGCCCCGCUGGGGUCAGCACCGUUUGCAGUCCUACUCCGUAGCCGAGCAGAUCGCAGCCGCUGCACUCCGUAGCCGUGAACACACGGAGCCCCGCUGGGUGGCAGAGAUUGGCGUGGGCACUGGCGUGCUCACCAGCGCCUUGUUGAAGCGAUUGAGAUCGACGUCGAAGAGUGGCGGCGUGGUGGGCUUUGAAAUUGAUGAGGAGAUCCUCAAAGAAGGCUUCUCUAAGGGCGGCGAGCUCCAUCGUCACCGCGCCCAAUGCUACGACCUCACGGAGGACGCAAAGAGCUGCACUCGAGCAGACUGGGCCGCGAAGCUCAGCGACGGAGAAAGCGAGGGCAGCCGGCUGCGGUGUGUGAUCCUGAAAGGCAACGUGUUGACGUGCCAGAUUCCCUUGCAGUGCCAGACCUUGGUUGGGAACCUCCCCUAUGGCAUCAGCAGUGCGUUGCUACGACACUUCCUGCGGCAGGACCCGCCUUUGCGGCGGAUGGUGUUGAUGCUACAGAAAGAGUUCGCUCAGAAGCUCUUGGCCAAGCCAGGCAGCUCCAAGUUUACCGCUUUGUCAGCCCUUUGUGCUGCCUCUUGCACCUCCCAGGUGCUCAUCGAUCGCUUGGGGCCGGAGCUCUUCCAGCCACCGCCGCGGGUGGAUUCGCAGGUGCUGCUCCUGGAGCCCAAGCAGGCUCGUGGUGCCUUGCGGCCCUCCUUCGAACGGCUUUGUCAUGCCUUGCUGCCGCCGGACUCGCGACGUUCCGCCGAUCUGCCGCUGCAGUCGGCGCUGGAGGCCGUGGAGGCGGAGGGGAAGUCGCUGGAGCUGCCGCCUCGCUGGCGCGUGGCCUUUGGCCCUGCGGGCGUGGACCCAGCGAUGCGCACGUCUCAGCUCUCCGUGGAGAAUCUGCUGGCGCUGAGUGACGUGCUGGAUGAGCUGAGUGGAAGAGCCAAAACGGAAGUGGCCGCCAGUUCGGGGAACGUCUCCUCCUACAUCACACCGCCUCACCAGCUGCGCGUGAAGAUGCGCCCCGGCAAGAGCCACGACGCCCUCUUCGCGGAGGAGGGCACUAAAGCACGGCGCCGGGCACGGGGGUCCAGGAUCAUGAGUGCCUUGCAGUCAUUGCUUGGAAGCUCUCAGGCGGAUCAAGCUUCGGUGGUGAAGAAGGCUGCCGAUGGAGAGGAGACCGUCCACAUUUUCAGUGUGGCCUCGGGGCAUCUCUACGAGAAACUCUUGGGCAUCAUGAUCCUCUCAGUGAGGAACAAUACUCAGAAUCCUCUUCACUUUUGGUUCAUCGACAACUUCCUCUCGCCCAAGUUCAAGGCCUUUAUUCCCUGGCUGGCCGCAAGGUACGACUUCAAGUACGACUUCGUGACCUACAAAUGGCCAUCAUGGCUAAACCCACAAAGCGAAAAGCAGCGCUUGAUUUGGGCAUACAAGAUCCUUUUCUUAGAUGUGCUUUUUCCGCAGGAUGUGCCGAAGAUCAUUUUCAUAGAUGCUGAUCAGGUCGUCCGGGCAGAUGUGAAAGAGCUCUGGGAACUGGAUCUCAAGGGGAAGGUCUAUGGCUUUGUCCCCAUGGGCGAUUCCAACCCCGACACCGAGGGCUUCCGGUUUUGGAAGCAAGGCUAUUGGAAGAGCCACUUGCAGGGCCUUCCGUAUCACAUCUCGGCGCUUUUUGUCGUGGACCUGUUGGAGUUCCGGCGGACUUCAACGGGAGAGACCUUGAGGGGCGUCUACAACCAGUUGAGCAGAGACCCCAACUCCUUGGCGAACUUGGACCAGGACCUGCCCAACUUUGCACAGCACCAGGUGCCGAUCUUCACCCUGCCCACCGAAUGGCUGUGGUGCGAAACCUGGUGCUCUCAGGAGAGCAAGAAGUUAGCAAAGACCAUUGAUCUUUGUCAAAAUCCUUUGACCAAGGAGCCGAAAAUCGUCAUGGCCAAGCGCAUCAUCUCGGAGUGGCAGACGUAUCACAAUGAGGUGCAAAGCCUGCAGGAGGAGCAUGACGAUGCAUCCACCAGCAUGCCGCCUGGAAAGGUGGAGCUGUAG